AUGGCAAGUUAUUUUAGAUUUUCAAAAGCUUUGGUUAUGCUAGGGUUAACUUUCAUAGUGUUCACACAGGCACGAUCACAACCAUGGUCAUUGCUCCAAGCACCAAGAGACCUAGCCCUUAAGCUUAUUCGUGACCCUGUUACUCUUUCACUAGCCUCAACUGACUUUGGCCACAUAGUUCAUGACAACCCUUUUGCAAUUUAUGCCCCAUCGUCCAUUAGUGACAUCUCCUUGCUGAUAAAUUUCUCGAAUUCUCUUCCCAUCCCUUUCACCAUAGCUCCUAGAGGGCAAGCACACUCUGUUAAUGGACAAGCCAUGACAAGCGAUGGGGUUGUGGUGAACAUGACUGAGUUGAAUGCGUUUAGAAACGGGGCUGGGAUUGUUGUGGUGUCUGAUGGCACAGCAAGUGCUUCAUAUGCUGAUGUGGGUGGAGAACAGAUUUGGAUUGAUGUGUUGCAUGCAACACUUAAGAGUGGACUCACACCACUCUCUUGGACUGAUUACUUGUUCUUAUCGGUUGGUGGAACUCUCUCCAAUGCUGGGAUUAGUGGCCAGACCUUCAGGUUUGGUCCUCAGAUUUCCAAUGUUCAUGAAUUGGAUGUUGUUACAGGGAAAGGAGACCUAGUUACAUGUUCUGCAGAGAAGAAUUCAGAGCUGUUUUAUGCCGUUCUAGGAGGAUUAGGUCAAUUUGGGAUUAUUACUAGGGCAAGAAUAGCACUUGGACCCGCACCAACUAGGGUGAAGUGGGUCCGUUUGCUUUACAACGAUUUUUCUGCAUUUUCUGGAGACCAAGAACACUUAAUCUCGUUGAAUGGAAGAAACGAGUCUAAUGCUGCUGAUUAUAUAGAAGGUUUCCUUAUGCUAAAUCAGCCACCACUGGACCUUUCCUUUUUUCCAGCACCUGAUCAACCUCGUAUAACUUCCCUUGUAACACAAUACGGCAUCAUCUAUGUCAUAGAGCUUGUCAAAUAUUACGACAAUAGUACUCAAGAACAUGUCGACGAGGAUGUGGCACUUUUGGUGGAGGGUUUGAAGUUUGUUCCUACGUUUAUGUUCGAAAAAGAUGUAUCAUACGAAGAGUUCCUUAACAGAGUUCAUGCUGACGAGCUUUUCCUAAGAUCACAAGGGCUUUGGGAUAUCCCUCAUCCUUGGUUAAACCUCUUUGUUCCGGGAUCUCGAAUCUCAGAUUUCGAUAUAGGUGUGUUCAAGGGCAUUAUUCUGACCCAAAAUAUCACUGCAGGCCUUGUGAUAGUCUACCCCAUGAAUCGAUCCAAGUGGAAUGAUAAGAUGUCCGCAGUUACACCUAAUGAAGAUGUUUUCUAUAUUGUGUCAUUUCUUCAUUCAUCUGGGUUUGAUAAAGUGGAAGAAUUUCAAGUUCAAAACCAACAAAUAUUAGGGUUCUGUGAGGAUUCUGGUAUUGGGAUCAAACAAUAUCUUCCCCAAAACAAAACAAGGAAAGAAUGGAUGGAACAGUUUGGCUCCAAAUGGAAAAUUUUCCAGCAAAGAAAAGAUCAAUUUGAUCCCAACAGAAUAUUAUCACCUGGACAAGGGAUUUUCAAUUAA